UGACAGCGAUAGCCCACCAGUUGGCUGAAUUCAAAGUGUGAAAACACAUCGACGGUGGAAGAAGAGUCAUACUUUUUAAAGAAAAGUCAGAUAUAGAGCAAAAAAUGGGGCCUGGAAUGGAGCCCAAGAGGGUCCCUUGCUUGUUCAUAUGCACAUUUGUUUUCUUCCUAUUUGUUUCAUACAGCUUGCAAGUUGCAACGUUCUUUUCCUUUUAUUAAAAUGAUAUAUAUAUGUCUUGCCCUCUUAUCAUUAUUUUAGACAACAAUCCAUUUUCAUCCCUUCAAUAAUAUCACAACAACCUGCAACUUUCUUUCUUCAAAAAAUAUAUGGCAGAAACAAUUAUCUCUGUUAUUGCUGAAAAACUUUUGAGUAAGUUGAUAGCCCUUACUUCCAAUCAAGUCUCCUUGGCAUGGGGUGUCAAGAAUGAUGUACAAGAGCUUGCUGACACCUUAACUACUAUCAAAGCUGUUCUCUUAGAUGCUGAGGAGAAACAGAUUCACAAUCGGAGCUUGAGAGUUUGGUUGGAAAAGCUGAAGGAGGUUUGCUAUGAUGUAGAAGAUAUUUUAGAUGAUGUUGAGGUGGAAGAUCUACGUAAGCAAGUGGUGAAUCAUCAGAGCAUUACAAGAAAGGUGCGCCACUUUUUUUCAUCUUCAAAUCCAGUUGCUUUCCGUUUUGCAUUGGGGUAUAAAAUUAAGGAGAUUAAAAAGAGGUUAGCAAAAAUAGUAGCUGAUAAGAAUAAUUUUAUUCUCUUUGAGAAAAUUGAUAGCACCCAUGUUAUUAGUUGGGAGAGGGAAACACACUCUUUUGAGCCUGUUUCAAAUGUUAUUGGUAGAGACAAAGAUAAAGAGAUGAUUAUUGACUUCUUAUUGCAUCCAAGUGAUGGUCAUGAAAGUUGUUCAGUCAUUCCUAUUGUUGGGAUAGGAGGUCUGGGAAAAACCACACUUGCAAAAUUUGUGUAUGAUGAUAAAAGGGUGAGUGAUCAUUUUGAGUUGAAAAUGUGGGUUUGUGUGUCGGAUGAAUUUUUUCUAAAAAAGCUUUUGAUUGACAUCAUCAAUUCUGCAACUGGGGAAAAAUAUAUUCAGAAGAAUAUAGACCAAUUGCAAACAAUCCUACGUGAUAAUAUAAGAGAUAAAAAAUAUUUGUUGGUCUUGGAUGAUAUUUGGAAUGAAAACUAUGAGUUAUGGUGUGAUUUAAGAAAUUUACUAACAGAGUGUGUUAGUGGAAGUAAAAUCAUAGUAACUACUCGUAAUGAUCAUGUUGCCUCAAUUAUGGGAACUGUAUCUACAUACAAGUUAAAAGGUCUUUCUCUUGAUCAAUGUUUGUCAGUGUUUGUUAAACAUGCAUUUAAAGAAGGUCAAGAAAAACAACAUCCCAACCUUAUAGAGAUUGGAAAAGAAAUUGUAAAAAAAUGUGAAGGUGUUCCGUUGGCAAUUAGAGCCUUAGGAAGUCUUCUUCAUUCCUCAACUUCUGAACAAGAUUGGAUAAAUGUGAGGGAUAAUGAGAUAUGGAAGUUAGGUCAAAAGGAUAAUAGCAUUUUACAUGCUCUAAAAAUAAGUUAUAAUCAUUUGUCGUCUCCUUUGAAACAAUGUUUUGUCUUUUGUUCUAUAUUUCCGAAAGACUUCACAUUUUAUAACUAUAACUUGAUUCAGUUUUGGAUGGCCAAUGGGCUUCUCGAAGCCCACAAUGAAAAUGAAGAUUUGGAAAAUAUUGGUAUGCAAUAUAUAAAAGAAUUAAUGUGGAGAUCUUUUUUUCAAGAUAUUGAAGAGUUUGGUAAUGGUGUCUACUCAUUUAAAAUACAUGAUCUAAUGCAUGAUGUUGCCACAUCAUUGUUCCAAAACGAGGGCUUAAUAGUGAAAGGGAGUAACCAAAUUAUUGCCAAAACUUCUCAUCGACAUUUAUCAUAUCAUUUGGAUGCAAGUCAAGUAGAGGCUCGAAACUUUUUACCUAACCUGGGUAAUUUAAGAAGCAUUAUGUUUUUUCCAUCCAUUGGAGAAAAUAUGCCUGUUAGCCAAUCAUUCUUAAAAUUAAUUGUCUCAAGAUUUCAGUUUUUACAAUCAUUAAAUUUACGUCAUUUAAAUAUUGAAGCAGUGCCUAAAAGAAUUGGCAAUUUGAAACAUCUGAGAUAUUUGAAUCUAGCAUUUAACUGGAAAUUAAAAAAACUCCCAAGUUCUAUUUACAAGCUACAAAGUUUGCAAUUUUUAUCGCUGUAUGAUUGCGAGAAACUAGAAGAGUUAACCACAGAUGUUAAGCACUUAAUUAGUCUCAGAUUCUUAGCCUUAACCACAGUGCAAAAGCAUCUACCAAAUAAUGGAAUUGGCUGCUUGAAUUCUCUUCGAUUUUUAUGGAUUUACAAAUGCAGCAAAUUAGAAUAUUUGUGUGAAGAUAUUGGUCGCUUGAGAGUCAUUCGAAGACUAUGGAUUUAUAAAUGUCCAAGUCUUAUCUCAUUACCACAUGGUGUAAGAAGCCUAAGCUCAUUAGAAGAACUUCGUUUGGUAGAUUGUGUAAGGCUUAAUCUUGAUUUGAGCGCAGGAUCAGAUGAGCAACACAAUCAUGAUGAACUCAAUAGCACAAGGCCACCCCUUCGAUUCCUUCAAAUUGAUAAUUUUCCAAAAUUGGUGAAAUUGCCGCAAUGACUUCUUCAGUGUUCGACAAACACUCUGCAAUUCUUGUAUAUUGGUAGUUGUUCCAAGUUGAAGGCACUACCAGAGUCAAUGCAAAAACUUCAAGUUCUUGUGGUUUGGAAUUGUCCUGAAUUGUCAUCUCUACCCGAGGAUAUCAAUCAUCUCAUCGCUUUGAGAGAACUAAUAAUUGAAGACUGUCCUAGACUGACGGAAAGAUGCAAACCAGAAGCAGGUAAAGAUUGGCCCAAGAUUGCUCAUAUCCUGAACAUUAAACUUGACGGAGAGAUUAUCAAGUCAACCGAAAAUUAGGGGAAACUUGAAUCAAAUGUGUGAGUUUUUAAUCUCAUAAAUUCUUCAAUUUCCAUGAAUCAUGAACCCUAAUUCAACCAAUUGACCGGAGGAUUUAUCCAUUUUACUUCUUCUAUGUAUUAAGCAUUGGUGUUCGAUCUACAGCUUCAUGUUUUUUCAGGACUGAGGGAGAUUAAGCCAAAUGGUGCAGUUAGUAAAGCAUUUCUUCCUCUAGAUUGAUCCAGAAUUGUCAUCUCUACCGGAGGAUAUGAAUCAUCUCAACUGUUUGAGGGAACUAAUAAUUAAAGGCCGUCCUAAGCUAAGGGAAAGAUGCAAACCAGGAACAGAUGAUGAUUGGUCCAAGAUUGCUCAUAUCACAAACAUUCAACUUGACGAAGAGAUUAUCAAGUCAACCGAAAAUUAGGGAAAACUUGAAUCAGAUGUGUGAGUUUUCAAUGUCAUAAUUAAGUUCUUCCGUUUCCAUUGAAAUAGCCUAAUUUGGAACACAAAUUCCACUGAAUGACAGGAGGGGUUAUUUAUUUUAGUUCUUCAAUGUCUUCAUGUUUUUCAGGUCUCAUGGAGACUCAGCUGAAUGGUGCAGUUGGUAAAGCAUAUAUUCCUCUAUAGUUUGAUUCAGAAUAUCAUGUUUACAAUUAUAAUUCAGCCUUUAACAGUGAAUAUAACUUCUCAUGAUGUGAUUUUUUUAAAUAAAUGUUUGAGAAUGUACAGAGUUUCCGAUUUUAUGGCAGCACAUAUUUAUUCCAAUAAAAUUUCAGAUUUUAUUUCUAUUUAUGUUUUGAUUGUCACGGUUAUUAUUAUUUUUUUUAAAUUUUCUCUUCAUCCUUGACAUCGUCAUCUCAAGAUUUGAAAUGUAAUUUUUGCAUAUUCAUGUUUCUUAGUAAGAUAUAUGAUAUUUAAAAUUCUUUGGUUAAAAUUUAGAGCUUUGCAGACCCUUGAGCAUGAAAUUCUAAAAAAUAACUUGAAGUCAAAGAUUGUUUUUAUUGUAUGUGUUGAUUAAAGAAAGAAACCUGCUUUGGGAUCCAUAAUAUCUUAGUUUUAACAUCUGGGAUCCUAAAUUUUCUUAUUAAAAGGAGAAAGGAAAAAAUAGUUGUUGAAAUUCUGUUCUGCAAAGGAUUAGAUUACAGGGUGUUGAUAUUUGUGUUGCAAAACAAUGUCUUUAUGAUUGCCAGUAAUGUCCUUGGAUUGAGCUGUCUUCUGAGAAACUUGGCCUAUAAUAAGAGUGCUCCACGAUGUAAGCUGCUUUUUUAAUUUUUUUUCUAUCAAUUGCUGUGCUGCAAUAUUUCCUCUCUUAGCUGAUUCAUUCGAUACUGAUCAAUCUUCCUUUCCCUCUGGAUAUCUUAGAAAUGUUGUGAUCAAUGUUAGCAUGCCAUCUGACAUCGAAGAACAUAAAAGUUUACAGACAAUGGAUUUGGUUUUCAAAAACUUAAUUGUGAAAUCCCAAGUGCUUUGUUCAGUAUUGAUACUCUUACUUGUUUCUUGGAAAGAAUGGCCUAUCAGGAACCAUUCCUCAACAAAAGGCUGUAUAUAUUAAAAACAUGUAAGCUCUAGCUUCAGUUUUCUUGAGAAUUAUGCGUAUAUAUCAUGUCGAAUUAGAUGGAUGUUGUCAAUAUUUGUUAUAUCUUCCUCGACGGUUAUGAUUUGAUAUACCACAUCCCUAGCAAUUUUACUUCAUACUUCAAAGUAUAAUUGAUCUUUGCAUUGGACUGAACAAGAAUCUAGCGGCCAGCAAUUUCAUGUUUGACAGCUCAAGCAUCUGAUAUAUAGUCUCAGUAAUGGGAUAUGCUGUGCUUUAACAAACAUAACUAGUAAUGUUCUCUGUGCCCUUCAGUAUUUUCCCCGGAUUGAAUUGUCUGCAGAGCAAUUUCCCCUGCUGUAAGAAUACUCUGUGUUGUAAGCUUCUUUCUUUCAGCUGUAUAAUUGUUUUCUAAAAUCUAGUAUAUUACCAAUUUACCUUUCUCAUGUAUUGCUGUUGUUGCUUUGUAAAAUGUCUGUUCAUUAAGCUCUAGUUAUGAUAACAGGACCAAACUGAUAGCGUGGUAUACGCUUGCAAUAUGCAGAUUCAAGUUUUGCAUUCUAGUGUGGUGGUGAAGAAAUGAAAGUUGAUAGCACAGUGUAUAAGGCUGAUAACAAUGAUAUUGUUGGAGCUUCUUCUAUCUGAUAGGCAAUCAACAGGUUCAACACACAUGUUCAAAAUACCAGCUCACAAGUGACUGGCACUGCAGCCCCAGAGCCUUAUCAGUCUUCAAGGCAAUCGCCUGAAUCACUUAGAUACUAUGGACUUUGUCUGGAAAAUGGACCUUACAAUGUAAGCUUGUCUUUUGUUGAGGCAACCUUCUUGGUAAUCAAGGCUCACAAACAUGGAAGAGUCUUGCAAGGCUUGUUUUUAUUAUCUAUGUUCAGGUAAACUUGCUGUAGAAUUUUGGUUCUUGUCCUUGAAUACACAGCUUCUACUAUUGCAAUUUCAUCUA